AACUUUUAUGCAAAGAUAUAACUCUUGAAUUCAUGCCUCUUUAGGACCAAAAACUAAUAUAACCUGACUUAAUUCUACAUCAUGAGCUUAAAUAUAUGACCUUACAACCUAGCUACCUAAAAACUACUUAUCUAACAUCUAAAGGCUACUAAGAGGGAACAUAUCACCUACAACUUUCCGUCUAAAUUUUGCUGCGUAAUAGUGUAAUUUCAACAUAAUUUAUGGGACAAAUACCUAUAGAUGGCAUUGCAAACACUUGCAAACACCAGUGUUUUUAUAUACCAUUAUAUCGUGCAUUACGUGAGGUCUGCUGGCCGUUACGCUUGGCCCUUGGGACUAAUCAUUGGCAGACUGCAGAGUGCCCCUCAAUCUGAGAGUCUGGGCCACGCGGAUCUGUCUACUGCCGCACAGUCUGGUGGACGCUGUCGGGCGUCGUCUGCGGCCGAAUGCUAGGCUCGCUCACGGUCGCUCUGUACCUGGUGUCGCGGUGCUUGGAGCAGGUCAUGGGUCAGGUGUUGGCGCGUCUAGCUCCCGACUGGCGGGGUGCGACGGAUGGCCCCUCAGCGGCCGACGCCCCCGGUCAGGACGAGUGCGGCGGCCGGCUGCACGCGCCCGCUCGUGGCUUGCACCGCGUGGCGCUGCACGAUGACGAGGAGAUGGUGAUCCGAGAGAAGGUCGAAAACGGCACGCGGCAGGAGCACCACAGCGAGGCUGUGCUCCUCGAACACCAGCCCAAUGGUGUGCUCCUGGUGCAGCCCGCCGAGCCGGCCGGCCAGGUGCUGCCGGUCAAGCGGCCGCCGCCGCCGGCCGUCGAACAGACGGAGCCCAAGCGGCGGCUGCCGGCCGAGCUGGGCACACUGAUCCGCUGUCAGUACUCGUUCCUGGACGACCCGGAGACGGUGGACUAUCUGCGCACCUCCAAGGUGUUGUUCGUACUGCGCGGUCUGCCCGGCUGCGGCAAAUCCUAUCUGGCCGACAAGAUAGCGACCACCUACCCGGGCACCGUCCUGUGCUCGGCUGAUCACUUCUUCAUGAAGGAUGCCAGCUACCAGUUCGAUCGUGAGCAGCUGUCGGCGGCGCACGAGUCAUGUAAGCAGCGCGCCGAACACGCCUGUCUGGAGCAGCGCAGUCACAUCGUCGUGGACAACACCAACCUGCGCUACUGGGAGUGGUCCGAGUACGCCAAGCUGGCGGCGCGUCACCACUACCUGGUGCUGGUGCAGGAGCCGGCGACGGCCUGGCGCCGCGACCCGCACCGACUGGCCAUCACCAACUGCCACGGCGUCACCGAACAGGAGAUCAGGAAGAAGCUGAAGUCUAUACAGGAGCCGGUACCAAAGUAUUAUGGCUGGUUUCUGAACGCCGCCGAUUGUCGCGAUCUGCUGGACCGAGUGUGGAGCCUCCUGCAGACGAUGCACCGUGCCAGCGACCAGUUCAGAGAGGAGUUGACGCUGAUGACAGGCAGUGACAAUAUCUCGGACCUGGGCUCGCUGUACCAGCCGCCUGCCGAGCUGCUCCACUGCACGGCCUUCUUCUGCGGCGGCCGGGCGCGCGCCGCCGCCGGCCGCCAGUACGGCGAGCGGGCCGAGGUGCGGCGCGCGCUGGGCGCCCUCUCCACGGCGCGGCUGACAGCCGUGCUGAUCACACCGCGCACUGUCUGCGGCCGGGUGACGCUGGACGCCGAGCAGCUGGCGCUGUGGCACCAGUCGGACCGGGAGGCGGGCCCGCCGCCGCCGGCGCGGCCCGAGCGGCCCCGACCGCCACCCGCCGGCUGGCAGGUGGGCGCCGCCCAGCCCUCGCUGGCAGUCUCCGGCUCGAAGCGGCCGGCACGGACCGAGUGCGGCCGGCGCGCGCACGUGACGCUGGGCUGCCGGCCCGGCUGGCCGCCGGUGACGGCCGGGUGCGACCUGCUGGCGGCGCUGGACCGACUGGAGGCCAGUCCGGAACUGCUGCGGCGACCGCCGGCGGCAGCGGCGGGCCGCGCCGCGCUGCACCGUCUCGGCGAGCAGCUGUGGUACCUGGACCUGGACAGGGACAUGGUGGUGGAUGUGAUAUUCAGCGGUCGCUACUGAGCGCCCGGCGAGGAGGGAUGGGCGGACUGGACCGCCCUCUGCGAACGAAGACUGACCUGGAGAGUGACAGUCUGCCUGUAGCGCUGACUGCUGGUUCAGACAGACUGCCUUACCACUGACUGGUCCUGACAGACUGGACUGCUGCCAGUCUGUCAGACUGCCGACACGAACGGACUGACCAGUACAAUCGGGUGGCCCGUUGGCCUGUUUGCGUUACGUGGGUAAGUUUUUAAGUGCAAAUUGGACAGGCCACAGGCCUGUCUACUCUGUUUUAUUGGGUUGGGUGCGGUACUAUCACGUAGCUCCUCGUGCUCAUGAAUAAUCGUACUCAUGAAACAUUACGGAUACCAAAUGCCGUUACAAUGCGCACGCAUUGAUUGUAUUGUAUGCAUUGUUUAUGACUGUCAUUCAUCUCCAACUCUAACUAUCUCCAACUAUCACACCAUUGACCUGUAGAGGCUGUGGAGGUCGAUACAUCACAAAGCCGAAAGCCCUAGGAAAUCGACUUGUGUGUGGGUUCGUGUAGGUGGUUGUGCUUGGCUCAUUGUAUAUAAUCAUCGUUUUGCAGUUUUCGCAUAUUUGUACUAUCAGAUCUCUCGCGGUUGGGUUCGUGUUUUCAUCCCGCGAUAUAUUUGUUUUGUUUUGUUGGUACUUGAAUGCGGUUUUUAUUUCAAUGAUGCUUGACUAACGCUAUUUCCUUUUGUUUUGCGUUACUCAACGAAACUUCUUUGUUACUUUGCACAAAACGUUUCGGUGAAGUAGAUGCUGAAGUGACAGCAUGUGUGUCCUCUCCGUCACACAUAACACGUUGUGUUAUUAUUGUUCGAAACUUUGCGAUAGUUGGUACAUGCAUCGCGCAUCGUUUAAACUCGAUGAAUUCACCAAUCACCUCACCACAUUGGACCGUACAAUGUUAUGUUUGCUUAAUUGUUAUGCUAUCUACAAAUAAAAUGAAAUUGCACAAACA